AUGAAUGAUAUGAAUGAUGAUUUCGGAGUUACUAUGGGAUACAUAAAAGCAUGGAGAUCAAGAGAGAAAGCUUUGCGUCUAGUAAGAGGGAACCUCGAUGAUUCAUAUCAAAAGUUGCCAAUAUAUCUUUACAUGUUGAAGCAAGCAAAUCCAGGAACAAUAACACACCUACUCACAGAAAACGAAGAUAGAUUCAAAUACCUAUACAUAGCUUUCUCUAACUCAAUCAAGGCAUCAACGUUAGAUUCAAACAACAACAUUUUCAUGUUGGCUUUUGGAAUAGCAGACUCUGAAAAUGAUAACUCAUGGCUUUGGUUCUUCUCCAAACUGAGAGACACCUAUGGAGAACCCGAAGGAUUGGCUAUAGUUUCUGACAGACAUAAGAGCAUAGACAAUGCAGUACAUAUGGUGUACCCAAAUGCUUUCCAUGGAGUUGGCAUGUUUCACUUACUCAAUAAUUUGAAAGGCAAGUAUGGGAGCCAUGGAGAAGAGCUACAGAUGAAAUUCAUUGCAGCAGCAAAAGCAUACACAAAAACAAAAUUUGAACACUACAUGAGAGGCCUUGAUAGAAUUGAUAGACGCAUUAGGCCCUAUUUAGAAAAAGCCAAGUAUGAAACUUGGGCAAGAUCAUACUCGCCAACAAAAAGAUACACCAUGAUGACAUCCAACAUCGCAGAAUCACUCAACGCUGCACUAAAAGCUGCAAGAAAUCUCCCCAUUGAUAUCUUGGUUGAAUGCCUUAGAAGUUUGGUUCAAAAGUGGGUUUGGAACAACUCAAAUAAUGCAAAUGGAACAUUCACAAAAGUCUCUACAGCAACAGAGAAUGAAUUGAGACAUGACAUUGUUUCAAAAAUGAAGUAUGAGGUCUUGCCUUUCAACACAAUAGAAUACCAAAUUCGUGAUCAAAAGGGGAUAAAUUUCACAGUAAAUAUACAUGAUAGAACAUGUAUUUGCAAUAGGUUCCAAGAGGAUGAAAUACUUUAUGGACAUGCAGUAGCUAUCAUUGCAAAGAGAAACUUGAGUGUGUAUGAUUAUUGUGCAAAAUUCUACAGAACAUAG